GCAAUGACGUGCUGUUUGUAUUUCGCCUGCAGCGCAUGUUCCGCAGGUAGUGUUUGGUGACGUGAGGCUGUAUUCAGUGACUUUUAUCGAAAUGGGCUCCAUCACCUUUGCUGCUUGCAGAAAUAAAAGUAGUUUGAAAGUCAAACAUCUCUCCAUACACCCCUCUUACUCUCUCCAUACACCCACUGGCGGAACCAGUGGGGAUGGGGUGGCGGGUGCCCCCCCCCUCCCCCAAUGAUCCGAUCGAAAUCCCUAAUUUCGAUCGGAUCAUUUGGGUUUGAUUGUGUAGUGUUGUAAAUAACAGAUGAAUAAACUUCUUAAGACACACACUGGUUUAUUGUCUUUCUUCCGACACAGUCCCUAUCCACACACAGAGGGAUAUGCGGUUCCCUCACUCGUAGCCUAAGGAGGUACAGCCUCCGUACCUAGCGGGACCUACACACGGGUCUGGCUGCUAGCCUAGGGAGGUACAGCCUCCUAACUGGGGGGACUAAUCUCCGUCUACCUGCUACCCUAGCAUCCUCCGGCUGGGACCUAGGGGAGGCUAGCUUGACCCACUGCUGGCUCGGCGGGUCCCCUGACCACAGGUCAUGCCGAGCCUUAGCUCUUACAAGAGCUGGGAGGCUAGGGAGCCAGGGUCCUGCCUGCCAGGACCUAUUCUCCCCUUGACCACUGGUAACACUGAGCCUUAGCUCUUAGAAGAGCUGGAAGGCUUGGUCCAGGGUCCUAGCUAUCUUGAGCUGGCUUCAGUCUUCAUCUUGAGGAGAACUGGCGAGCGCUCGCUGUGCUCGCCCUUUUAUACCCAUUUGUAACAGUCCUUAUCCAAUCCCAUGCUCCCUCGUGGGACCCUCUGAUUGGUUCUCUAGAAUCUGUGUUUUCGAUCCUCUUUUACCCUAACUGACCCUUGGCCGUUGGUCUGGCGGGAAAGUGUGUUUACGAUCUGCUCCCGCCUUUCCCUGACCCCGGCCGUUGGUCCCAGAGCGGUAACACUGCAUUCCCCUCUGAUUACAUAGUGCCCUACAGGUUACAGCAUAGAGUGUGUCUAGCGCCUCUACAUUUGUAAUAAAUCGGCAUUUUGCGACCCCCACUGCCACUGUGUAGCAUAUCAUUACGUGCCAGUGACUCUAUGAGAUGAUAGAACAAUAGUCUGAGUCCAUAAUUUGCAAUAAGUAAUGGCAAAGCAGUUAUAAGUGACUCAGAAUUGUGCGCAGUUGCGUAUACAGGACACGAUUUCCCUGAAGACGAACACCUUCAGCGAGCGCGAUGCCGCACACGUGUCGAAUAAAAAACAAGGGACAAAUCCUCAUUUACUAACAACUCCUAUAAUUUUUAAAUCCUUUAUAUUAAGUUCGCUUGCUUGCGUGCUUGCGUGCUUGCUUGCUUACGACCGUGCAAAUAUUUCGGUAGUUUUUUAACCCACUUCCCGUGAUCCAAUCGAGCUGACAUUUUGCACACAGACUCGUUGUGCGAGACAAUUAAUGUUCGUGAAAAAUGUUUUCCAAAAUUUUACACUGUUUAGGGAAAACAAGUUAAAUAUUUAAUUACCAAUUGCUUAAUACUGGCAGACAAUCAUCUGACCCAUAGGUGGCAGCCAUCUCUAGCCAGAGGACGAGAGGACUCUAGCCGCCACGCAUAUAAAGGAUUUAUAGUGAAAAACUUUGUUUUUACGGGUUAUACUUAUUCAUUGCUGGAGGGUUUGCCCCCCCUACCUGAAAAUCCUGUCUCCGCCAUUGCAUACACCCCUCUCUCCAUACACCCCUCUCUCUCCAUACACCCCCCUCUCUCUCCAUAAACCUCUCUCUCUCCAUACACCCCUCUCUCUCUCUCUCCAUAGAUCCCCCCCAUCUCUCUCCAUACACCCCUCUUUCUCGUUGGUACACUCAUCUCUUCCACCCCUCCUCCACCCCACACUUUCUCGCCCUCUCUUUCCCUCUCUUUAUCCUCUCUCCGUUGCAGCUGCAGGAGACACAGAGGGAGCAGCCCAGCGGCAGCACAGCGAGCAGCGCGAGCCUCAGCAGCAGCAGCGGGAGCGUCUCCAUUGCCCGUAUGUGCCGUGUGUGCCUCCGAUGAUCCAUCCUGGGUUUAACCACAAGGCUAGAUAGAUCACAGUGCCACGGGCUGGAAAAGAGAUGGGCUGAUGUAUAUAUAACCUCCUGCCUGGGAGGCUUCGAUACUUCACGUUGCCUCAGAGUUAACCUAGCCUGGCACCAGCGCCGUUGUGAUGUCACUGCCACUUAGUGGGGAAUGGCGGCUGUUGUCAUUCCAAUUGGUAUCUGUCUAUUAUUCGGGUGUUUCGUUGUCUAGGGUAUAUUUUAAUAAUGAAAGUAACCCAUUUAAAUCUGAUUGAUAUCCUCACAUGCAACGGAAUGGUUGAACCCACUGGCAAACUACACACGUGGUAAUCAUUACUUGAAUGCAAGCAUGUAUUUACUAAGAGCCAAAGUACCAGACAUUAAUAUGCAACCGGUGUUCGAUAAAACUUAUAAUUAUAUUGUUACGAAUGUUAUUGGCAUAAUUAUCAAAAAGCAAAUCAAAUAGGCAAUGCUCUGUAUGUGAAAGCAAUGAAUACAAAACUAUCCGACAUCAAAAGCAGUAAAUGUGUAUGCACAACUGUAACUUGCUGACCCGCCCCUACUGGACAUCUGUGAAAAAUUGCUUCAUAGCCCGUCGGAUUCCUCCUAUCUAAAUUAAUGAUUCUGAUUCUGAAAAUUAGUAAGGACUUGAUACCACAUACUCGAAGUAUAGUUGUGAUACUUUAGUGAUUAAUUGGACUUUGAGUAAUAGUCUGGUAUUCUUAGUUUGCAGUUGAUUAACAAGCGCUUCUCUCGGCUGUAGGAGUCUUUGUGCACGGCGCAUCUUCCAGUGCAGUGCAGAUCGAUGUCGACAGCGCGAUGGUGCAGUGACACAGCCACACACCAGCAGUGGGGACAUGAACGACGGCCCCGCCACGACGAUGACGCGGUGUUGGCCAGGAGGGUGGGGGAGCGCAAUGGAAAUGAGCGUGGCUCUGCUGGUGACAUUCGUCCUGAUGGCAGGACCUGCGUGGAGCCAUGGGGAUUCCAUCUUCAGCAGCUGCCAGAUAAGAGGAGACAAAGCCAACUGCUCACGCCUGGGCCUGCAAUCUGUGCCUGAAUACCUCCCAGUCACCAUAGCCUCUUUGGACAUGUCCUACAACCAGAUCUCUAGCAUUCAGAGAGAGCACCUGUCAGCACUUUCACAGCUAAAAUCUCUCAAUGUGUCCUUCAACCAAAUAUUAAGCAUUGACCCCUUGGCUUUCUCAAAUAACUCUGCUUUAGAAAACAUUGACUUGAGUAAUAACAGAUUACCAGGGGCAUGGGAUGACUCAUUUGCUCUUCUCAAGUCUGUAAGGUCUCUGGACGUCAGUAACAACUCUUACAUUUAUUUAUAUAUUCCAGGUUCCUUCACAAUUCUCAAGACUCUGCAUCAUCUGACGGUUGGGGGCCUGAAUGUCACUGAAAUUCACCAAAGUAUCAGCGAGACAAUGGAACUGGAACAUCUCUCCAUUGUGACUGGAGACCUGACCAUCUACACUCCAGGAUCCCUCUCAGCAUUCUGCAGUCUACAGAGUGUGACUCUGGCCUUAACCAUGCACACAAACAUUUCACUGCUCACUGGUAUGAUCUGUGAUGUCUCCGGUAACAGUGUGGAGUUGCAAUUGGAGUUCCUUGAUUUUACUAAUUACUCUGGCGACGUAAACCCUUUUGAAUGUGUUUCUAAGCAAUACAGCAUUCUAGAAAUAUUCAAUGUAUCACAUUUGCAAGUAACAAUCCCGACCAUUGUCUUUCUUUUCACAAGCAUCAUUAGUUCUAGUAAACUGGUUGCAGUGAACAUGCGGCACAUAAAUUUUGAUGGCCUUAGUGAUUUUCCGAGGGAAAUGUUGCCAAGUCCAAACAUAUCUGUACGUCACCUCCUCAUAGAGGGAAUCUACAACCCAAACUUUCAUGGUAUUUUCGACGUAAAAAAUGUAAAUGUACUUUCCUCAAAUCUAGAAUCUUUGGUCAUGACUGAUGCUAGCCUUAUCAGCCUUGGAUGUAGCAUUGUAAAUAACUUUGGUAAUCUAUACUUACUUGACAUAUCAAAUAACAAACUAAAUGAAAAUUCUGUAUGUGGAAAAAUACACUCUGCAAACCUUGAAAAACUCAACAAGCUAAUUCUGCGCAAAAAUAUUUUCACUUCCCUUGAUACAGUUGGUGCCAUGUUAAAAAACUUACUGUCUUUGACAUCGUUGGACGUGUCUAAAAAUAGGCUACGCAAGAAUGGAGAGUCAGGAUGUGAGUGGCCUUUGAGUUUGAAAUUCCUUAAUGUGUCUCGUAAUUUCCUAAAAGAAAAUGCAUUUAACUGUCUACCCACAUCACUGCACUCGCUGGAUGUGAGCAACAAUAAAAUUCAGAAUGUUGACUUUAAAUUGAUAAAGUUUGAAAAGCUCAAAGAGCUGUACUUGAGUAAUAACAAGCUGAGCACCUUCCCAGUUGAGCUGCCCAAGGCUCUGCCCUGGCUGAAGGUGCUGACGAUCGCUGGGAACACAUUGUGGACAGUGGAUCCCUCUGUCCUGCACGGUCUGGGUAAUCUCACCUUGCUAGACAUGAGGGGAAACCCAUUCUAUUGCACGUGCGACAUCCGCCACUUUAUCACCUUCUGUGAAAAUUCCUCACCAUUGCGCAUUGAAGGAUGGCCAUCUGACUACCAAUGCUCAAAUCCAGAGGAUGCAAUUGGUAAACAGCUGUCCUCGCUCUCCUUCCCCACACUCUACUGUGACACAACACUGAAGAUCGUGAUAGCUUGUGUUACAACAUUUGUGUGCACCGCUCUCCUGGUCUGGCUCUGCUGGUACCUAGAUGCGCUGUGGUAUCUGCGCAUGACGUGGGCUUGGCUCCAAGCCAAGCGACGGAAUUUCCUCUCAGAUCCGGAUGAAAAUGCAGUCUACGAUGCGUUUGUGUCGUACAGCCAGUACGACGCAACCUGGGUAAUGGAGAAGCUCCUGCCUGAGCUAGAGUCGCAUUCAGUACCACCGUUCCGACUCUGCGUGCACGAGCGGGACUUUGUCCCCGGCCGCGUCAUCAUGGACAACAUCAUUGACUGCAUCGAGCAGAGCCGCAAGACUCUCUUUGUCAUCUCGCGGAGCUUCGUGGAGAGCGAGUGGUGCCACUACGAGCUGUACUUUGCACAGCAGCGCCUCAUGGAGAGCCGAGACGGUGCUCUGGUGCUCGUGCUGUUGGAGCCCAUCCCGCGCGACUCAGUGCCCAGCCGCUUCUGCCGGCUGCGUCGCCUAAUGGCGCGCAAGACCUACCUGGAGUGGCCUGUGGAGCAAAACAAGCAGGCCCUCUUCUGGGCCAACCUACGAGCCACGCUCAGCUCUCAGAGAGAGCAGGAACCCAAACACCUUGAAAUUGUUGUACAGUGAGUCCCCGCUUAAUACGGCGGUUGCGUUCGUGAAAACUGCUGCGUAGAUUCGCGUUAAGUUGGAGUGAUUUUCCCACAAGGAAUAACGGUGAAUGUCGGGGGUUCCGUUCCAGCCCACCGUGUUAUUUUUGUUUUCAUUUGACAGUACAGUACAGUUUUCCAUGUUUUUUUAAGGGUUGUAUUUACAUAGUAUUUCUAUAAAUACGCUAUGUCUGACAAUCAUUGAUUUAAUAUAACGUGAGAGAGAUAUGAAAAAUAUGAGAUGACGCUGCACACAAAGAUGCUGCCAAAACACAGUAACAGGACUACAGUACCACUCCUACAGUACUACAGCACCAGUGCUACCGUGCUAAUACUAUAGUACCAGUACUGCAGUCUACAAUGCAUAAUAAAGGUUUUUGGGUUAGAUCGCGUCAUUUAUAAAUGUAUACCACACAACCUGGGUAAUGGAGAAGAUCCUGCCUGAGCCGGAGUCGCAUUUAGUACCACCGCUACGACUUUGGGUGCACGAGCGGGACUUUGUCCCCAGACGCACCACAGUACUAGUGCUACAGUACUUCAGUGGUCGUACUACGGUACCAGCAUUACAGUACUAAAGUGCCAGUACUACUGUGCCACAGUAGUACAGUACCAGCACUUUGGUGCCAGUACUACACUGCUCGUGCUACAGCACCAUUACUACAGUACUACAGUGCCAGUACUAGUGUCGAGGAGUAGUCGAUGACAUCACGUCACGCUCACCCUCUGAUGAGGCGGACUUUCCGGUACGAUGACGUCACAGUCGGUGACGUCUUGCACAAGGAGUGGAGCGAUGACAUCAUGUCUCCCUGGGGUACUUGAGCCGAAGCCCGUGACGUGGGCGGGGU